GCGUUUUCCAAACAUUCACUCCCAUCAACCAAUCAGAGACUUUGUCCAAGUCACGUGAUACCAGGAAAAGCGCGCGCUCGCAGUGCCGUUACAUCUGUGCUCAAUGAAUUUCGAUUGGUGAGAUUUGGAGCCAGCAAAAAUGUUCCACCAGCUGCCGAAAAGUCGAGCUCAAGCCGAAGAAUUCUUCAUCAGUUACAAGAAAAACGUACUAGCCAGGUUAAAAAAUGACGCCUUGGAUAAUUCCAAAAACCUUUCAAAAUGCAUUCAAGACGGAGUUUCAAACCUCUUAUGCGAACUAAAUGAAAAGAAAAUGAAGCUGCAGGAAACAGGAGUGUCAAUUGUAGAAGCCAAGAAAAAACGAAAAAUUUUGACUCAGCGUAUUAAAGAGGCGAGUUUAAAGGACAGAGAAGACUUGGAACGAAAACUGAAGGAAAUCGACAAUGUUUGCGAAGGCCUGGAGAUUGAACGAAAGCAGAUGGUGAUGCGUCUAGAAGAGAAGAAAAUGGAAAAAAGACAUGGAAAAAUAACUGAUCAAAUAGAAGCACUUAAGGUGGCUAAGUCUUUGUUUUCGAGCUUUAUGCAGCUGAGCAUGUCUCCCACCAAUUGCAACCACAGAGUGUUGCUCAAGUUUCCGUAUCGACAAAGCCAGCAGACCCUUCAUAUCUUGUUCGACACAUCAACAAUGACUGUCUAUGAACCACAACUUGAAGUGAAAGAAUUUGCGAGAGGCUUGGAACAAGAUGGUAAUAUUGCUUUGUUCUUGGUUAAAAUUUGGAAGUACUUGAGAGCCAAAGAGAAAACCAGAUUGGAUUGAAAUUUGAAAAGUAGCAAUAAUUCAAGUUUGUUUUAAAAUGUGUAAAUAUGUAGCAUUCCCUGGUAUGAAGUUCAUAAAACAAAAUCGAUUGAUUAAAAACUUCAAAUUACUUGCUAAUAAUGAUUCGAAUCUCAAACCAGCUUAUAAAACUGCCUCAUGUGAUAUAGGUUGAAAUUAUAAACAAAAUUUCUUUAUACAGAUUGAUAAUUUACUUCACUUUGUUCAUGUUUUAUUAAAUUAAAUCUUUGUAAUUAGAUCGAAUUUUAAUAUUUUCCUAGAUUAUGAAUUAUUAGAAAAGGCACAAUAAAUAAUGUACAGAAUUUUAAAGUC